GAGGGAGCAUUAAAUAAUGGUCUGUGUAAACUGAUGCUCAUGCAGUUUGGAGAAGUGCUGCUUGUACAAGUUAAAGCAGGCAGCGAAGAAAGAGCGACCAAAUAAAAAGCAGCUGCAGGGGCAAAGUGAACCUUGCCGGAAUUAAAAGACAUGUCUUUCUUCACGAGAGUUUUGACAAUGAAGUGCAAGCAGGCGCUUGAAUCCGAGAGGACUCACUUUUACCGUGCGACUUUGGUCAGCAGGUUUCACCAGCUGCCCAAGCUUUCCAGCAGCCAGUCUCUGGAGGUGCAGAAUAACUCGGCGGCAGAGAACAAAGGCGAGGAGAUGGUGGCAGGCUCGGGGCGCGCCGGGGGGCUGCUGAAGCCCACCCCGCACCGGCUGGGCAGGGUGAAGAGCCUGCACGAAAUGCCCGGACCCAACACCUUCUACAAUCUCUACGAGUUCUUCUGGAAGGACGGCUUCGGCCGCAUUCAUGAAAUCCAGCAGAAACACACUCAGGAAUAUGGAAAGAUCUUCAAGUCUCACUUUGGUCCCCAGUUUGUUGUAUCCAUUGCAGAUAGAGAUAUGGUUGCUCAAGUCCUUCGGGCAGAAGGUAGAGCACCACAAAGAGCUAACAUGGAAUCUUGGCAGGAAUACAGAGACUUACGAGGGAGAGCCACAGGACUUAUUUCUGCGGAGGGGGAACAAUGGCUAAAAAUGAGAAGUGUACUGAGGCAAAAAAUUCUGAAACCCAAAGAUGUGGCUGUUUACUCUGAAGGAGUCAAUGAAGUUAUCACAGACUUAAUUAAAAGAAUCCACACCCUCAGAAGUCAAGAGGACGAUGGGGAAACAGUGACCGAUGUUAACAAACUUUUCUUCAAGUAUUCAAUGGAAGGUGUGGCAACUAUUCUGUAUGAAUGCCGGUUGGGCUGCCUGGAAAACAACAUCCCACAGCAGACUGCUGAAUAUAUUGAGGCUCUGGAGUUGAUGUUUAGUAUGUUUAAGACCACUAUGUAUGCAGGUGCUAUUCCCAAAUGGCUUCGUCCACUUAUUCCAAAACCCUGGAGAGAGUUCUGCAGAUCCUGGGAUGGACUCUUCAAAUUUAGUCAAAUUCAUGUCGACAACAAAUUGAAGGCUAUUCAGUCUCAGCUGGACCAAGGAGAAGUAGUAAAUGGUGGGCUACUCACAUACCUCCUACUGAGUAAGGAACUUACUUUGGAAGAGAUCUAUGCCAAUAUGACUGAAAUGCUUCUGGCAGGAGUUGACACAACUUCUUUUACUUUGUCCUGGGCAACAUACUUGUUGGCAAAGCACCCUGAGGUUCAACAACGAGUUUAUGAGGAAAUAGUCAAUAAGCUGGGGAAAGACCAAGUUCCAGUUGCUCAUGAUGUUAUAAAAUUGCCUUUGAUUAGAGCUGUGCUGAAAGAAACCUUGAGGUUAUAUCCAGUAUUGCCAGGAAAUGGAAGAGUGACCCAGAAAGACUUGAUUGUUGGAGGAUACUUUAUACCUAAAGGGACGCAGCUGGCACUUUGUCAUUAUACUACUUCAUACAAUGAAGAAAAUUUCUCGAUGGCAAAUGAGUUUCGACCUGAGCGCUGGCUGAGGAAAGAUAAUUUGGACAGAGUAGACAAUUUUGGUUCCAUCCCCUUUGGUUAUGGCAUUCGAAGUUGUAUAGGAAAAAGAAUUGCAGAACUGGAAAUUCAUCUUGCACUGAUUCAGUUGCUUCAGAAUUUUGAGAUCAAAAUUUCUCCCAAAACCAAACCGGUUCAUGCCAAAACCCAUGGACUUUUGACUCCUGGAAACUCCAUCAAUGUGAAAUUUUCUGACAGAAAGUGAGACUCAGACGUUUUGGAAAUACUUGUGUGAUUUUCAUGGGAACAGACUUGCCUCUUAUGGAUGUUUAAUCGCGUUUGUUCUCUGGUUUGUAGGUAUUUGGUAAAAUGAUCAAGCGUUGUGUUCUGCCUUAGUUCUAGCAGUACAUAAGAGAAAUUACCUCUUGUAUGAUAGAUAAUUACACAUAUGAAAAUAAAUACUGAAAAGAUUCCUUCUUGCACUGGGAAUCUCCCUUUAUCUGGAAAGAUUUCUAGUAAUAACAACACAUGCAUUGAAAAAAAACAAAAUUAAAUUCAGACAUGUCGGUAUCAUUCAGUGGUUUUGUUACACUGCUUUGUCAUUAAAGUCAACUACUCAGUGAGUCUAUUUGAGACCAAGAGGAUUAUUAUAUAAGACGUGAUAAUUAACUGCAUUUAUGAGUGUUUUCCUGUUUCUUGUCCUCCAGUGUUUUUUUAAGUUUCCACCUAACAUUGAAAUUAUGAGAUCAUUUUUCUCUUCUCUGUAAAAACAUUUACUCUGUGUGUGUUAAAAAUUAAUACAGUAGUAUGAAAAGUAAAGACAGAAAAAAUACAAUUUUUCACUUUCUUUAGACUUGAAAUACAGCCAAACGUAAUGCCCAUAAAAUGUUUCUAUAUCAUUAAAUAAAAAUUAAAUGUCUUCAAAACAAAACAAAACAACCCAUUUAAACAUCACAUUGUAAAGUUAUGAACCCAGGAUUGUCCUCAUCACCAAAGCAUAAGCUGAGUGGAAUAGCACAAGCCACUUUCACUGUUCUAGCUAAUAUUAUGCCAAAACCAAAUGUAAAUAAUAAAAAUGACGUAGUUGUUACAUUUUUAUCAUUUAACUAAAAUACUACGAUUAACUAUCUUCACAGUUCUUCAACAGUAAGAACUGGAAACUUCCUGUUGUAACAUUCUGAACCCGUAGGCAGGUGCACUGUUGCCUUCCGUAGGAUGGAAAUGUGACUACCGAAGUAUUUGGAGAUUUUUUACUAUCUGUUGUGUAAUACAUUGAAGAGUGGACACCUGAAAGGGGUUUUUAAUUAUUAUUUUAUUUUUCCUAUGACAACUAACAGAAAAGUCUCUCUUGCACGAUACUUUAGAUAACUUUAGUAUCACUGCACUAACCUUACGUCCUCAUUUUUGAGAGAAACCUUAUACCUUGGAACUGUGUUGUGCCUUGAAAAACACUCAAACCUGCAUAUCCUAAUAUGAAAUUAACUAUGUAAUUAUGUGUAGUUAACUCUUUACAUGUCAGGCUCUGACUUGUUUGUGAGGUAGUUUAUGUACUAAUAAUAGUAAACUUUUCAGAUAUAUGCAGAGUUAGAAAAAACUUGUUCAAUUCAGUUUUUAAAAUGAGAACAUUUUUCUUUGCUCAUUUAGCUAUAAGAAGUCCAAGACAGGUUACAAAUUAAAUAACACACUGUUGUUUUAAUGGUGUACAUGAAAUUCCACACAGCUAACUACUACAGUUACCCUGUUUUAGUAUUUUGGUUGCUUUUUUGUAGUGCCUUUUCAAGGUCUUUAUGAAAGAAAAAAAAUCUCCUUUAUAUGGAUCUCAUAUAUAAAAUAAUAACACUAAACAAAAUUGAUCUGAUCUGUGAGAAGAUUGUUCAUCUGAUGACUUUAAAAUGUUAAUCCUGUAUUGAGCCAUAUAUAUGUACUAAUAGAAAAACAGGUAAUUUGUGGAGGGUUUUUUCCUUGAAUGGGCUUGCCUUCUGAUGCUGUUUUGCAGGGCUUCAUAUGAUUCCCCUUUUUUUUUCUUUCCCAUUGUUAUUUCCAAUUGUCCCCACCUUAAAUAGAAGGAAAAGAUCUUUAUUUGCCAGAGCCAACUGACAUCCCAAAGGUUUUGCAGAGGUCUCUUUAAAAGUCUGUGGAUUUGACUCCAUUAUUCUGCCUGGUUUUGUUGACUUGGGGACCAAAGCGCCCAAUCCUUGAAUCCAAAUUUGGAUUCUGUAUGGUGCCCUCCUUUUGCAUCAUCACAGCAUCAUUAGAAGCACUGCCAUUGCUAUAUUGCAGUACAUUUGCUACCUGGUGUCAGUCCCUAAGUAAUGCAUCACUGUAGAAGAGGGAGAAGGUUCUAAAAUGCUCUUUAAAGCAUUUGAAUCUUUUCAUGAAAACAGAAAGCCUGUGAUUUGUUUUAAUAGAGCAUCUAUCUAUGUAAGUUGACUUUUAUACAUAAUAAAAUAUUUGUACAGAA